CUAAUAAAAUCUAAAAAUGAGCGGCCGACAGGCAGCGGAAGACGGCCACUGCGACUGGAGCGCGAGUGCCAUGGCGAACGGCGGCGAAGUGAAGAAGGAAAGCGGCGCCCCCCCACGAGCGGCCGCCGCAGCAUCCUCGAAGCUCUGCGACGCCUGCGGCCUCAACCCCGCUCUCCUCCACUGCCGCGCCGACUCCGCCUUCCUCUGUGGCGCCUGCGACGCCACCGUGCACGGGGCCAACGGGCUCGCCUCCCGCCACGCGCGCGCUUGGCUCUGCGAGGUCUGCGAGGCCGCUCCCGCCGCCGUCAUAUGCAAGGCAGACGCCGCCGCUCUCUGCGCUUCCUGCGACGCCGACAUCCACACCGCCAACCCCCUCGCCCGUCGCCACCAGCGCCUCCCCCUCUCCCCCUUCCUCGGCCCCGCUGCCUCCGCACGCGCCUCCUUCCUCCACGACGACGACGACGCCGCCUACUCCCUCGUCCACCAGGAGGCAGUGCCGACGCAGUUCUUCUUCUCCGACGCCGACGCCUACCUCGACCUCGACUACAACACAUCGGAGGAGGAGCCCAAGGCCGUUAACGGAGCGGAUCCGUCCUGCAUCCUCACGCCCGCCUGCGGCUACUCGGAUCUCAACGUGACGGGAUCCAAACCCGAACCCGACGUUUCAUUUUGCCACAGCGAGUCAUCGGAGGCGGCGGUGGUGCCGGAUGUGUCGCAGGUACCAGCGGCGGCGGGUCUUCCCUCUACGUAUCCGGAAGCAUCGCGUGAGGAGCGGGAGGCGAGGCUGAUGAGGUACCGGGAGAAGAGGAAGAGCCGGCGUUUCGAGAAGACGAUAAGGUACGCGUCGCGGAAGGCGUACGCGGAGGCGCGACCGAGGGUCAAGGGCCGAUUUGUGAAGCGUGCCGAGGUGGAGGCGGAGACGGAGGUCGACCGAAUCUACUCCACGGCGGCGGAGGCGGUGGCGGCGCUCAUGGCGGACGACGACUAUGGCGUCGUGCCGUCGCCGUAUUGAAAUCGAUCGAUCGAUCAAGCGCGUAGAAUUUAUCAUCGCUUGGAAUUGAAACUUGUCGAAUUGGAAUUGAAGAGCAAGAGCCAUGGAAUUAAUUGAUAGUUCAUGGGGAUUGUAAUUAAUGAUACUACAUGGCGCGAGCAGUUAAUUUCUAGCUCGAUUAAUGUAAAUUAUUUGCUUGUGAAAUUUAUUUGUCAAUUUCAGAA